AUGGUGAUAUAUAAUAUCGAUCCCAAAAAAAAGAAGCCGAGCAAUAACGUUCUGAGCAAACUUAUUGGAAAGCCGAUUUCAAAUUGCGAUACAAUCACUUUUCCUGACGACGAUGACGACAUCAACUUCUUGAACUCGGACGACGAAAAGGACAUUGGCAUCGGAAGCGAAGUCGUCAUUGAUCAAGAAAUAAACAUGUUGGAAGCGGUUGGCACGGCGUCCCCGGAUCAUUCGCAGGACGAAUUCGACGGAAACUUUAGCGAUUCGAACAAUCAAUUAUUCAGCGAAGUUACUGAAAGCACUCAGCCGAGAGAGGUGUCGAUCAAAAAUGAGCAUUUGGACGACGAUGACACUGGCAACGAAUCUACAGACACUCUGACAGCUUCGGAAUGCGAAGACGAGCCCGGAGCGAAUCCGAUCAAGACAACUUCUCCAAGUCGAUUUCCUGCGGGAGGAUUCAUUAAACAAGCGCAGCAGCUUUCUGAAGCGAAUAGAAAAUACCAUCUUACAGUUACGGGAAUCGAUAAUUGA